AAACUCUCGCGGUAAAUCAAUUGUAAAUCUCGUCCGCAGCUCCAUCUAGUCACAACCGUUUCACAACGGUACCAAGUUUGGCAUUUAUUAACACCAUGGAACUGAAACAUAUGACUAAUUUAACAGCACAGCGUCAGGUACUUACACCAGGCAGUAUUUAAUUCGCAUUGGAGACGGGACUUGGUUGAUAGAUGUAUCUAGGUAACGCUAAUUAGCUGCUAACAAUGGCUAACUGUAUGGGUUUUCACACUCAAAUAGCCUCCAUCUUGGAGGUGCUAGCGAAUGCAGCAGUGGCAGAGAUCUGUAAACUCGUAGACGACGACUAUGCGGUGUUUCGUUUAGAAAUAAAUCAAAGCCAGAAAGAAAACAGGGCAUUGCGGAGGAAACUACUAGAACUGAAGGUGUCACGGGAGCGCGCAGAGAGGACAAUACGAGAGCGCGUUCUCGCCAGUCGUCCCAGUAGUGUCAAGAUCCUUGACCGAUACAGAGGAAUGGCAAGAGGUGAAGGACAUCUCACUGAAGGCCACAGGAGCAUUGUGAAGCCAUUGGGACACGAUACAUGGAAAGAUGAACAACCAAUCACUGUUGAUGAGGAGAGUAAAACCUCAACCCAGAACGUUAUCGUGAUAGAGUCUACAGAUGCAGAGGCUGCAGGUCCUGAGGUCAAGCAGGAGAGGUCUGAAGGAGAGGAGAACCCGCGGCACAGCAGAGACAUCCAGACUGGAGCAACUGUAGCAACCCAUGUAGCCACGGAGGACCCCACCACCACCCCAGCACAACCCAGGACUCGAUGCAGCAUCAUGGAGGAGGAGGGUUCAGAGGUGCUGCUGGUGAAGGAGGAGGCUUGUGAGGAGGGUCUGGGGAACCUUGAGGGGACCAUGGUCAUAGAGGACAACCAGCCUACACCUCUUCCUGAACCCACGGAGGAACCAGCUGAGCAGCACAGGACCACACACAGUCUCACUGAGUCAGUAGACAUGGAAGAUGGGAAGUCGGAUCUGCUGUUAGUCAAAGAGGAGACAAUAGAAGAUGAACCAGAGAGCAUUGAUCUGCUGAGUGGACCAAAGAUGGGGGAGCAAGGUAGUUGGCUGGAGGCUAACAGAGGAGACUGGGUAGCCAUCUUGGACUCCCAGAUCCAGAUGGGUGCAGCCAAGUGCCCAGGGGACAUCACCACCGAGCAGGCCAGGACCAAAGGCGACUUAGUGGAGGCCAGGGGAUGGAACAGCAUCCUCAACUCUGGGCUGGGGAACAACACUGUUAACAACAACCAGAAACAGACAAUUGAAUGCAAAACAACCAAACUUAGUCUCCAAGACAACAGACUGGCGGAGACCAGAGCGAGGCGUCGAUUUGGUCUACGGGGAUGGGGAGGUGUUGGUAUGCGGUGGGAAAGAUCAGACACAGACCCGGCUAGCGAUGGUCCAUCCUGCUCCUAUAGUUGUGAUUCAGAGAGACUGAUGGUGCCUCAGGUUAACUCCCUAACAGGUGCUGCCUUCAGCCUGCCUUCUAUAGGAUCUAUCAACUGGAACAUGGACCCUGCGACAACACAGACACUCCCUGGCCUUCGGCCUCACACUCUCCUAAUGUUAAACCAGACCUCAGACAUUGCCAGUGCCUCAACACUAAAUGGCUACCCAAGCCCAUUGACAAAUGAGAGUAGCAGAGACGGAAUCAGCAAAGGUGGCAGGACCAAAGAGAAGCGCUUCCCGUGUUCGUUCUGUGGGAAAGCCUUCAGUUUCCCCAAACAGGUGGAGAUCCACCAGAGGAUGCACACGGGGGAGAAACCGUUUAGCUGCCACCUGUGCCGGGCCAGUUUCUCGGACUCGUCAAACCUGAAGAGGCACCAGAGGGUCCACACAGGGGAGAAACCCUACAGCUGCCCCCAGUGUGAGAAGAGGUUCUCCCACCAGCACCAACUAAAGAUGCACCUGAAGGUCCACACAGGAGAGAGGCCGUUUGCCUGUACGCACUGUGGGAAGAGGUUCUCAGAGAGGAGCUACCUCAGGAUACACCAGAAGAAAAUGCACAUGGCCCAUGUAUAGAGUAUAGUGGUGACAUGUAAUGUAGUACUAGUUAGUAUGUUUGUAGUCAAUUCUGUUGUUUUUGGAUUUAGUUGGGAACUGGAUGAGGUGAACUGAGGAAAGAAUGAGUAUGAUGAUAGUGGCUUGUGAAAGUAUUCACCCCCUUUGCAUUUUUACAAUUUUUUUAUCUUACAACCUGUUAAAAUGUAUUUUGGGGGGGGUUUGUAUCAUUUGAUUUACACAACAUGCCUACCACUUUGAAGAUGCAAAAUAUUUUUUCUUGUGAAACAAACAAGACAAAAAAACUGAACUUGAGCGUGCAUAACUAUUCACCCCACCCCUCCCCCAAAAGUCGAUACUUUGUAGAGCUACCUUUUGUAACAACAACAGCUGCAAGUCUCUUGGGGUAUGUCUCUAUAAGCUUGGCACAUCUAGCCACUGGGAUUCCCAUUCUUCAAGGCAAAACUGCUCCAGCUCCUUCAAGUAAGUCAU